CUUUUUCCGUGCCUUUCCAAGUGUCCUUGCGAUGUAUCGUAUGUUUCUUGCUCGUUGCAAACACCUGUGUUUUGGACUUCUCGUUCUGUUCUUCGUAUAUGAAGGACUUAUGUGGAUGUCUGACAACAUCGUUUUAGUUGGAGAAUCCAAAAGUGGAGGUAAAGUAAGCGAUUUUAAAAGCUGUAUAUAGCUGUAGUAUCCGGAGUUUUUCUGCUAGCUUUCCGUACGAUUUUCGGAGGUUGUGUUUUUCACGUUUUAUUACCAGAACACUGCUGGUGCUUUUAUUGGUAUAUAGACAAAACGCCUCCUAAUUUUUUUUUAAAGAAAGUACGGCUAUUCAGCGACCUCGAACCUUCGACAGGACCCAUCAGGAUAGCUAACAGUUUCGGAUGAGCCGAAAAAGCCUACUACAACUAAUUCGAGGCUAUAAAGUUCCCCUAAGACAUCCGAGCAGAUAGAUAGUUUUUAGAGCAGUGAUAGGCAUCUAAAACUCAUGAAAACUUCACGUAGAGAAAACCAUUUCAGAAAAUUCUGACGCGUGUGCCCCCAGUGUUAUGUGUACAUUUGUGAUGAUAUUCUACAUACGUGAAAAUAGUCGUCUACACUCAUGCCACUGUUAAUGUUGUUCCUGCUUUUGUGAAUUGGUGUUUUUCAUGUCAUUUAUGUUCAAAGGCCAACGUGGCUGAUCCUUGCAAAUUUUAGGGAAUAGUAUUUGCAUGAUGAUUUGCAUGAGAUCCGAUCAAAAAUUUGGGUUCAUCUUAAUUCGUAACCAUUGCAUUGUUUUAUACUUCCAUAAGAAGUUUCAUAUUUUCUUUAUCGAAACUAAAAUAACAGCUUCUAUUAAUUAAAACAUUUUUGUCGACCAAGUUUCUUUAUAUGGGAAAAUUAAAACCAUGCGUUCCCAAGUUUGGUGUUUUUCUUGUUGGAGGCGAUAUGGAGUUUUUACUUUAAAAACGUUCCCAGGCAGGUAUACUAUGACUUGUUGAAAUAUUCAGCUUAUACGGGCUGUAGUUUUGAACAGAUCAACUGUAGAAAUAUGAAGUAUAUAGAAUCCACAAGAGAGUGUCUCUUUAGUCUCGUUAAAAUACAACCAUAUAUCGCCCAUGUGGCUAAUUUAGAUUUUAACUAAUUUUGAUUUUGCUACUAUAGACAAUAACCCGCACAGUCAGAUCAAAAUACGUAAAACUUUAUAAAACUUAUAGCUUGAAUUCAUCUGGGUUAAAAUAAAAUGUUUCGCCAAUCGUUAUUUACCCUAGAUGUUUCCCAGCUACUUGUUUGUAGCCAUAAGCCAUUUGCUCUAAGGUAGUUUUUAAAUUAGAUUUUACACCUCCUGCGGAGAGUUGAAUAUCAAGUUAUCCGGCGAGAGUUGUUAAUAAGAUUUACUUAAUUGUGUGAUCCAGGGUUUUCGUAAUCGAUUUGUGCAGUUGUUCAGGCGGUCCUGCUUCAUGCAGGAGCACCCAACGACGAUUUUUGGAAAAUAUCUGUUCUGAAGAUGAUUUGAGAUCUAGAAUUUUCGGAACAUUUGUUGUUAAAUUUCUUGCUUGCCUGACUCUCCUAGGAUUUUCGAACCCCUCAAAAAUGGUAUAAUUGCUCAUUUUUAAUGGUUUUUUACCCUAAAAAGGCCACCUAGAAUUUUGGGGGAGCCUUUUUUCUGACUGAAAAUUUCGAAAAGGUAAGUUUUCAUCCCUAUAUAUUUCGGAUCACUAGACUUUCAGCUAGGAAAUCCGAACAGAUGAAAAAUUUCCCUGUUCGUGGUCCUUGGUCUUGAGUCGUCUGAGGGCAGAAAAUGUGCUCUGAUUUGAAGUCGCCUAUGUUACAAGUAUUGUCAAAUACAUCUUUAAAAGUGUUUUUCAGCACCACUCCAAAUUUUUGUUCGGGGGUCUACGGACCCCCCCCCCCGUCCUCCCCCCCCAGCUUCGCCGCCUACGCUAUAGCCCUUCUUCUUCUUAGAAAGUCAGAAACGCUGCUUUUUGGCAUUCUGCUAGGCUGUUUGCAUUACUACAGAUGCCGUCACUGCAAAAUUUGAAGAAAUUUUUGGGUGCCCUCCCCUUUUAAACCCAACAUUUUUUCUUUUGAUCCCCCUCUUAAACACGUAUUUUUUCAUGGUCCCCCAUCAAAUCCCACCAGCAACCCCCCCUACCUGAUAAUACUUGAACGGUCUCUAUGAAGGUUUAUCUUGCUUAUUCGUUAUUGCAUACAUGAAACAAAACUUUAGUAGCAUUUACUACUAUUGAUAUUAUUAAUAAUUAAUUAAAACAUUUUUGGUUAAACAUUUCCAUUUUAUGGGUAAACUAAAACCAUGUCAGUUCGCAGGUUUGCUGUUCUCAUAUUCAUGAUUUUAUGAUGUUUUACUUAAAAGGUGUUAGCGGCUGAGCUAAUGAUACAGUAACUGAUGUUUUUCAGUCCCGACAGUCUACAUAGCCUUGGAAUCUGAUUUCAAACUGAGUAGAACCCGCAAAAGAGCCUUCUCAUUCCGAAAACCACAGAAAGACGGGUUCAUUUCAGAAACGUUCAAGGAUUUUACACGAAUAAAUUAGUGAGGCCAGAUUUUCAACUAGGCGAAUUAUCUGCCCAAGGUGUUUCCUAGUAACUUGUGGGUUGCCAUAAACGAUUUUGAAUCUUAAGAGCGAAUGCACAGAAAAAUCGAGCAAAAUCGGCAAAUCGUGGCCACAGCUCAAAACCUAACUUACCCUCAUUUUCAGUCUGUAAUAAGGUUUUAAUGAGUUUAUAACACUACUGAAAUGCGGCCGAGUUUGGGAAUUAUUUAAGAUUUUCAAUUUCAACGGUCUGCGGACCUAAAAUUAGCCGCCGAACACGGCAAUAUAUAGCCUAGCGACAGAAAUGAGCUGACUUUCAUAAACGAGCGAAUAUAUCGGCAAUCUUCCACUUAAAUCUCAAAAAGCAGAUAUCUAACAAUUUCUGAACGGCACAUUUUUUAGAUUUAGAGCAUAAAAUAUGGGCGUCUGGAAAAGCCGGAAACCGGAUUCCGGAAUAGGAACGGGAAUGGGAACAGGAACCGGAACCGGAACCGGAACCGGAACCGGAAACGGCAACGGAACAGGAACAGUAAUGUAAAGGGGAACCGAUCCAAGAACAGGGACAUCAUUUACUUUAAAUUAUUUUAAUUCUAAUUAAAUUUAUACAAAAAAUAACAAAACUAGUCUGGUAUCAUGCUCCCCCCGAAUCUCUUUACAUUACGGCAACAAGAAGGUAGAAAAAGCCGCAAUAUAAAUAAAUAAAGCAACAGCUUUGCGAGUGCAUCGCGCUUUCUGUCAAUUUCUUCACCGUCUAUGCACAACUACGACGUAAAUGGUCAAAUGUUAAGUUCUCUUGAGAACGUGAACAGCAGGCGAUAAAUUUUAUUGUCUCUUUCUGAGCUCGGACGCGGUCUCCAGCUUCAUUUCCCAACCUUUAAAACACUGGACAAUUUUGAAUUAAUGAGAAAUAGUUUGAAUUAAGACCCGAAUUCAAUUUUUCAGUGGCGUUUUCGCUGGCGUUGCCGUUGUCAGAUCUCAUAAGGUUCCUUUUGUCCCUCGCAGGAAGGAGGUUAUCACAUGUUAAUAUUAUUUGUCAGACCAUGUGUAAACGAGACACCCAUCGGAGAUGUUUAUUGGGCUGCCAUACACCUCAGGUUUGCUGCAUAGAUAUAUUGUACUGUGCUAAAUUGGGAAGUUAACCAGAGAUAGAUAGUCCACAGCUUAAAAAGGGUAUUAACACGUGCCUCCUCCCCCCACCCCCCCCCCCCCCAUCCCCAUCCCAGCCAGCACUUCAUCUACCUCAACCGAGUGCAAUAGGGACCUUAAUAAGCAACCACAACGUUGACGUCCAGGACAUUAAAAAUGGAAACUGGAAGUGGAUGUUUUCUGUCUUUCAGUCCUCUGACUCAACAAAUUCGCACAGUGGAAGGAAAGAGGAAGAAUUCAGAUUCGUUGUGUGAGACAGAAGCGUUCCAUCAAGCGACGGUCAACACAAUAGGGCCAUUUAUACGAGGAAAAAUAAGACGCGUCCUAAACAAGACGCGAACUUUCCGUAUAAACGGCACAUUUCGUCCAAAAUAAGACGCGGCUUAGCUAAGACGCGUCUCAGUAUUAGAUAAGACAUGCUCGUAUAAAUGGUACAGUUCACGUCUUAUUUAAGACGCGUCUUAUGUAAGACUGGUCUUAUUUUUCCUCGUAUAAAUGGCCCUAAUGUGUCAUAGGCUAAAGAUAAAGAAAGGUUUAUUAGAUUAACAUUUCAGGGGUGUUUUCUUGUUUCCUUAUAAUUAUUUCCCUGGCUUUUUAUUUAUAUCACGAUUAUAUCUUUUUCAUUUCAUAUUUCUAUACACUGUUUAUAUUCCCCUUCCUAUUCCGGUUACUAUUCCGUAUUCUCCCUUAACAUUCGUAUAUCUGGACAGGAAUUAAAUUCAGAUUAACUUCAAUUAAAGUAAAUGUUGUCCCUGUUUUUAUAUAGGUUUUUCUUCCCAUUCCGGUUCCUUCUCCGGUUCCAGUUCCUGUUCCUGUUCCUGUUCCUAUUCCCGUUCCUAUUCCGGAUUCCGGUUUCCCGCUUUUCCAGACGCCCAUAAAAUAUCGACGAAACAGCAGAAUUUUGAAACGUAAUUUGCAUAAUGCUUAUAAAUACAACAAUUUACCGCUAAAACCAAAAUCGAAUUUUCUAUAUGGGGGAAUUCUCCAAAUCACCCCAAAUCCCGCUUACUAGCUAAUGAGAUAUAGUACUUCAACGUUAUCUGAAAGUUAGUCUGGUGUUCUCGCGAACGCUUGUAAAAUAGAUUGAUUAUUUUGAGGUUAUUUUGCCCCAAAGAACCGCUAAUUGACCCCAGGGUCAGUUGACACGUGCACGUCACCUUAGUUUUAUGCAUCGAUUUGAGCUCGUUAAAAGGGAGAAACUAACAAGAUUCUUUUAAUAUGUACCUUUUUUAAUGAAAUACACGCAAUCUUCAAAAGGAGAGGCCGUUCAAUGGGUAAUUUCUGUUCUUGAGAUCUUGUAGAUUGUACCAUGGCGUCUGCGAGUGGACGUGAGUCUAGGUCUGUUUUCCCGUGACUGCGAAAUCAGAAUAACAUCAAGAAAUAAUUCUCCCUCGAAUCUUCGUAAGUGAAUCAGCUUUGCAGUGCCUUACCUGAGAUAAAAAGUGGGCCGAAUGGCAAAACAUUCUGGCGCAAUUUGGAUCCUUUGCAGCACGUAGUGUAUUUGCUAAGCGGUGUGGUAUCAGUGACUUUUAAUUAGUUACUCACCUCCGAUUGCGUGACCAGGCAAUUAUCGAUUGUCUCCUGCGAAAAAUAAGUGCACGGGAAACCAAAGCUUUCGGGAUACAGUAAAUUCAUUUUCCUGUAUGACCAGGUGUCCUUUUGUCCUAUUUUAAAAGAUGUUAACUAAGAUGAUUAGCAAACACACUGUCCCACUUGUAAAACUGGUACAGUGACUGGAUGUUCUGUUCUUCUGAUUUUACCCCCAACCCCGGAGUGUUCAGAAGAUAUAUUUGCACUACACAUGAAAGGAAAAUGGAUUAAAUUUUAAGGUUCAAGGCGGUUUUAAGGCAUGGGUUAAGAGUGGAUUAGUCAGACUUGUCAUUAAGGUGCAUUGAACGGAAAAUUACAGGCAUGAUAUCUCUGCUAUUGUAUAUAUGUCCAUUAAGUGAUUUUCCAGGAAACAUUUUUUGACUUUUUUACCCCAAAAGUUCUUUCCGUUCAAUUCUUAUCUAUGAGAUUUAAACUUAGUUAAAUUUCUGUAAUUUGUUGUUAAAUGCAAUUCUGCAAACAACUAAGUAUUUAAUUUUGCGUAAAAGCUACAUGAAAUUGGACUGUUUAGCCGUAAAUCAUGAAAAAGAGAAAGCAUUUUCAAGUCUAGUAAGACUUAAGCAAUGGCAUUGCUUAAGUCCUAGUAGUUGUUCUCCAAGUCUGCUAAGGAGGAAAUAGUUUGCUCUUUUCAAGAAAUUGUUCUUGCCCAUUGCGGUUUCAAACCAAAGAUAGCAGCAAGUCUGUCGUGGUUAUAUACCGCUACUUCAGUGCAAACGAAGCAUAGGCGCACAAGUCAGCGCUUGCGUUUAGUCAGGUGCCGAAAAUGAAGUGGAGGGCGUCCAUGUUCGCUCCUGCUCGAAAAGGUAGAAUCAGUUAUGCAGUAAAAAGUAAUGCGAAAAACCUGCGGGGGCUGGGGAAAGAAAGGCGUCUUAUUUUUCUUUGGCUUGUUCUAUUUUCGCGACGUGGUACAGGCUACGAAAUACUGACAAGCUCUGUAUAUGUCUUCACCACCGAGAGUCACUUGCCCUUAGCCGGACACGCCCCUCACGAAUCAUGUUUCGUUCCUAAAGUUAUUUCAAAGCACAGAACCAAACCUAAUCAGCGGCCAAAGGCAGAAAGGGGGAUGAGCAAACGGAUGUCACAGCAUAUUUUGCAAGAAACUGGUAUCCUUGUGCCUAUAGGCUCUGGAACGAUUAAUUACUACUAGAAUUAAUAUCAGGGUCAGAAUUUGAGUGCUACAAUGGGAGGGAAGGAAGAAAAGGAAACCGCCGCGCACACCUGUUAAGUCUUUUAUAAACUUUCUCGUCCUGACGGUUUCAAGGAAGGGCGUUGUGGCUGCUAUAGAGUGUUUUCACAUGACGUCACGGCAUCCAUAUUGGUGUCCCAAAGCAAUGACACGGCGGCCAUGUUGGUGUCCUAAACCAGUCCUGUGGGAGUUGAACUCCUUUCUUAUGCAAACGCUUUCUUUUGUUCCAAGAAAUUUGCAUAGAUGCUGGCCAUGUGAGUGAAAACACUCAAACGAUCUGCUCUACCUCUGUCAAUUCUGGGGUGCUAAUCCCACUUGCUCUUUCCUCCUCUCUAAUUUUCCUCCUGUAUGCUUUGGCAAGUAGACCAUACCUUUCUCUAACACCUCUCUGGUCAACCUUAAAUUUGGGGGCUUCUACUUGCAAAAGGCGCUCAGAGAUUUCGUUCCACUUCCGACCUCUUUGAACUGUCCCGUGCCAGCAAAGGGGCUGUUCGCUAGCAUUUCUCUGACUAAAAUGACAUCAUGUUCCUCUGUCCAGAACAUCCUGUCAUACGAAAUGUGGGAUAGUAAAUAAACUAUCAAUGACAGUAGUGAAAGAAACAACACACAAUCUACAAAAACUCUAUCAUAUUAAUAGAGGAAAACAAAGAAACGCCUUACGAUGAAAGGUAAACCCCACUGGUGUUCACUGGUAGUAAGAAACAAAUAUAAUGCUAAGAAAUAAAUAUAAUGUGUGAACUGUGUAGGAAGUUAAAAAACACAUGCAUGAUGUGUAAUUUUAGCAUAUUCAAGUGUGAGGAACAGUGAGACCUAUUUUAAAACUUUGUUGUGAAAAGGGAAGAGACAAAGAGCUAUCGAGCUACGAAAAAAUGCCGAAGAGGUUGGUUGUAUACAAGAAAAUAUUUAAUACAAAAAUAUUGGCACUAGUAAGUGCAGUUGUUCAAUAGAAAACCGACAAGAAAAAUUUCGGUCCCGAAAUGUUUUCCGGAGUUUUGAUAAACGCACGCCACUGGAGAGGAAAACGAAAGGUUUGACAAAUGCCGGGUUGAGACAGCUAUUCAGCAAUUCAAGUCAAAACUCCACAGAAACACAACAGAAGUAGUCUUAUUUCUAUAAAGGGAGGAAAAACACUCUUGGGAAGUUUGUCGCUUGGAGUUGUUUUUCUCUUUCACGGGGAAUACACGAAAAAUAUAAACUCCGUACGACAGUCGCAAGUAGAAACUCAAUAAAAAAGAAUGACUCUGAAAGUGGUAUUUAUAUAAGCGUUAAACAACGAUUGAAAGCAGAAAAAUGACAGGAAAAGACAAAUCACACCUGCAACAUCUGCACGACAGAAGCCAACGACAAACAUAAAACGAGCCAACAAAAAUAUUUACUUACGCUGGCUUUUUGUUGCUUGUUUCCUUUGAACAUGACGGUGAGGGGGUCGAGACAAACUGAGCAGAGCUCAUUACGAGUUUACAGGACUAAAUCUCUGAGAAAACCAAAGAAAAUCAAGUACACAGAGGGCACAACGUCAAACUGGUGUUUUUGCCGUCCUCGACGGAGUCACGACGGGGUCACGCAACCAUGAAAACAAACCAGAUCUCUAAUGCGCAUGCUUCGUAUGGGAAAACAACUUCCGGUCGGCCGUCGUCCUCGCUCCCGUCCUGGAUCUUAAGGUCCCUAAUUUUAGGCCCCCGGACCGUUGAAAUCGAAAACCCAAAUAAUUCCCAAAUUUGGCCGCAUUUUGAAAUUUAAACCUCAGCAGUGUUUUAAACUUAUUAAAACGUUAUUACAGACUUAAAAUGAGGGUAGGUUAGGUUUUGAGCUGUGGCCACUGUUUGCUCGAUUUUUCUGUGCAUUCGCUCUUAAACCUUAACCCUUUUUGCCAAUGUUACCUGGGCUACUGAGAUUAUUUUGAGUCUAAUCCUACACGAAGUUUACCUUAUUUAGAUGUUAGCAGGUUUGGGCGUAAUUACUAAAGCAGUAUACUCGUCUGCUUUGUUAGUGUGUUGGAUAUACUGUGCGAGGCAAAGCUUUAAACAUGUAGGUUCCAACUUUCGUAGAAGACAAAACAAUUAAAAGUCACAGAAAACUGGAAAACUGAAACGCAAUAGCAAUGUAAUUUCCAAUCGGUUUCUUGACAGUCAGUGAAGAACGAAAGCACCCCUAUAUUUUACCUUAUUUUAUGGGUUCUGAGCAAACUGUUUAGCUACAUCUUCCUGUUACAGUCGACUCCCGAUAACUCGAACCCUCGCUAACUCGAAUCAAAAUCGAUUUCCCCUGGAUUUCCGUCAUACAUGCAUUCACUGUAAUUUUACCCUCGUACGGUAACUCGAACCCUCGAUAACUCGAACUCCCGCUAACUCGAACCUUUUUUCGAUUUCCCUUGAAAGUUCGAGUUAUCGGGAGUCGACUGUAUAUUCAUGUACUGUUUUACCUCCACAGUACCAGAAUGGUUUGAUAGCAAAGUGCAACAAAGAAGGCAGCUUCAUCGAGACCAAUGUGAAAAGAAGCCAGCAAAUCCUAAGUUUAUUGAAGAGGCAGAUUUUACUUACUUCAUUGUUAUUGACGAAUUAAAGCUUGUGUUCUGCUGGAUUCCUAAAAUUUCCUGCACAACUUGGAAACGAGUUCUAUUUCAAGCUAAAAACAACGGUACAAUUGUCCCUAUGAGAGUACAUGAUGAUGGAAACAACUGGGGACAUUUGGGACGGCUUAGAAAUCAUCCACCGGCUGAAAGAAAGCGAAUCCUUGACACACAUUAUAAAGCCAUGUUUGUGCGCGAGCCAUUUGCUCGUGUACUCUCAGCCUUCAAAAACAAAGUCGAGGGACAUUCAAACGAUAUGUUUAAAAGAUGGGAACCAAGCAUGCCAGAUGAAGACGUAGAAAAGAACAAAUUCCCUAUUUACAUCCGAAAUGUUCUUUCUUAUAACCGUUCAAGCUUAGCUAUCAACAAACAUUGGCGAUUGUACGACCAGAUUUGUCCAUGCGAAGUGGACUAUGAUUUCAUUGGGCACUUUGAGGAUCUGGGGCUGGAAGGUCAAAUGCUGUUGAAGGCAAUCGGAGUAGAUCACCUAAUGUCAUUUCCAGAGUAUCAUCCAUCGCACUCCAAACCGUACCUGCUGGAGUACUAUUCUAAGCUGACCAAAGAGGAAAUUUACAAACUUGGGAAGUUUUACGAGCUCGACUUCAAGAUAUUUGGAUAUGAUUUUCCUGGACCACUAAAGGAGAUCUUGAAAGAAAAAGAACUUCAAUGAGAAGAAACACAAUGAAAGAAAAUCACUCAGUACAAUGGUACUACGUGUUCGCAUGAAUGUGUUUUU